AUGGUCUCAUACAACCUAACCAUGGAUCUCGAUGAAUCUAAAGUGUCCAGAGAUCCUAAAGAUGAUUUAUGGGCAAAGCAACUUGAGAAGCAAUGGGAGUCAUAUUUCAAAGUUAGAGAACCACCCACCAAAGAUAAACUGGAAGCAGUUAAAGGUCAAGCAAUAGCUGAUUUUCUGACAGAACACCCUAUUCUGGAGUCUUCCAAGCUCUAUGAAGACAUCCCGGAUGAAGUUUUCGAGUCAAAUGCCAUCCCAAACCAUCAAAUAUGGCAGCUCUAUUUUAAAUGUGCAUCACGACACAACCACAAGGGAGUAAUUAUUACAGCAGUGGGGGUAGUACUGAUUGACCCCUAUGGACAUGUCCUCACUCGGGCCUACUCAUUGACCGAGCCAUGCUCCAACAACAUAGCCGAGUAUAAUGCUCUUGUAAUUGGCCUACAACUUGCUCAAGACAUGGGCGUCAGAUAUCUUGAAGCCCACGACGAUUCAAAGCUGAUUGUGAAUCGGAUCAAAGGAGAAUAUGAGGUCUAUCACAAUGACCUCAUACACUACCCAGAGCGGAAACAAAGCUCACCCAGUCCUUCCAAGGCUUCUACAUUAUCUAUGUAG